AGCAACCAAACAAAGCAUAGUCAUGGCCAUGGGAGCGUGGUGGGCGAUGAAGAAGAGCUUACUAGUGAAGCUGAGUGUGUAUCUGCUGAUCAUCGCCAUGGCUAACUGCGCUCGGGAUAUCCCUGACUCCGUUGCCAAGAACACUCCCGUAUACACCUGCGACGACAUCAGCGAGACGUGGCGCGGGGGGCUGUGCGCCAAGCACGGCACCUGUAACAAGCCGUGCCAGGCGGAAGGGUACGACUCGGGCUUCUGCGCCCCCUUCCCCUUCUUGACCUACUGCUGCUGCAAAAAGAACUGCCCCGAGGCUCUGCAGCCACGCAGGAGAAGCUUUCUGUGCGGAUAAUAGUCUACCUUAUUAACUACAUCCUUUGUUCUAAAAUACUUGACUUUCAUUUGUCUAAAAAUAGAUGUACCUAUAUACUAAAAUAUGUUUAGAUACAUCUAUAUUUUGACAAAUAGAAGGCAUGUAUUGUAAAACGGAGGGAGUAUGAGUGUACAUGCCAUGUACUCGUGGAUAAGGUUGGUAAAAUAAAUAAAUCCCAUUUCGAUCG